AGCCCUCCGUGCAGCUGCAGCCGUCUCUGCCUCCGUGGCUGCUGAACGGGACGGGGAGGAGAGGGGUGUCCUGGAGGGUCCCCAAGAUCUCCACCCCACCCCACCCCCUGGUCUUAGUGGGUCUGCAAAGGGGGAAGAGGCGAGUGGGGGGGUGCCAUGGGGAGGGGGAAGCCGGCCUGGAGCAGGAGAGGGGACGGGGAGGCGCUGAGGAGAUUCUUCCUCGAAGACCCGGCCACAGGGACCCUCUACAAGUGGGAACAGCUGCUGGGCAAGGGUGCCUUCGGAAGGUGCUACAAGCUCACCGACACCUCCACCAACAAAGUCUAUGCUGUGAAGGUCAUCCCGCAGUCCUGGGGCUCCAGGCCAGACCGCCGAGGACAAGUGGAGCACGAGGCCGAAAUGCACCGCCAGCUCAAACACCGCCACAUCGUGGGCUUUCACCGGCAUUUUGCUGACAAGGAGAACACCUACUUGGUCCUGGAGUAUUGCAGCCGGAAGUCCUUGGCCCACAUCUUGAAAGCCCGGAAGAGUCUGACGGAACCCGAGGUCCGGUUCUACCUGAAGCAGGUCCUUGCCGGCUUGCAGUACCUUCACCGCCAGGGCAUCAUCCACCGGGACCUCAAGCUGAGCAACUUCUUUGUCACCAAGAACAUGCAGGUGAAGAUCGGGGACCUGGGUCUGGCCAUGUGGGCCGAGCAGGCCGGCCGGAAGCGAGGGUACACGGCCCUGACCAGGUACUCCCCCUUUGAGAUCACCCACCAGCCAGAGAUGUACCGGUGAAUCCGGGAGGGGGUGCUACCCUGUCCCCAGCCACCUCUCCCCGAAUGCCCGGGACCUGAUUGGGAAGCUGCUGGCCCCCGACCCGGCCG